AUGUCUGAAUAUCUGAACAAGUAUGAAAAUAAUUGUUCAGAUAAAGACUCAAAAAGGCCAAAGACAUUGAAACAUUCAAGUAAUUUUCAUUCCUUGGAUGGAACCUCAACCAGAGCCUUUCAUCCUCAAACUGGAUUGCCUCUUCUUUCAAGUCCUGUUCCUCAAAGAAAGACACAGUCAGGUUGCUUUAAUCUGGAUUCUUCAUUAUUGCAUCUGAAAAACUUAUCAUCUAGAAGUACUCGGCCAUGUUUAAACAUUGAAGAAGAUCCAGAUAUUCAUGAAAAACCUUUUUUGAGUUCUAGUGCUCCACCUAUAACAAGUCUUAGUCUUCCAGGAAAUUUUGAGGAAUCUGUGUUGAACUAUCCUUUAGACCCUCUUGGCAUAGUUGAUGGCUUUACUGCUGAGGUAGGGGCAAGUGGUAUUUUUUACCCCACACAUUUGACUCUUCCAGUUGAAGUGUCAUUCUACAUUGUUUCAGAUGAUAAUGCUCCUUCUCCUUGUAUGGGUGUGAUUACUUUAGAGUCCCUUGGUAAAAGAGGUUAUCAAGUACCUCCUUCAGGAACAAUACAAGUGACCUUAUUUAAUCCUAAUAAGACGGUGAAGACACUUGUUGUGAUAUAUGACUUUCGAGAUAUGCCAGCCAAUCAUCAGACAUUCCUACGACAAAGAACUUUUUCUGUACCUGUUAAACAAGACAUGAAGAGAAGUAUUAAUAAAGAGAACAUCCGACAUACGGAAGGACGGUUAUUACGCUACCUCAUACAUUUGAGGUUCCAGAGUUCUAAAUCUGGAAAGAUCUACCUCCAUAGAGAUGUACGGCUCCUGCUACCUCGGGUACCCGCUACUUUGAGUUCUUGCUCAGUUCCUGCUGAGUUCACUCGCAAUAAAGUAGUUCCCGCUUCAACCUUCAAGUUGCUUGUCACCUCUCGGUUAUUUAGCCCAGCCGGACUACUGCACCCUGUAAAAAUAAAGACAUUAUAG